ACCGAAUGAAUAAAAUGCCCCGCCCCCAAAUAAGCAUGGAGAAGGGCUUGUGUUUGAGUGAUAUCUAAAUGUUACAAAUGGUGGUUUUAGAAGCAACAUGGAAAGACGUUGGAACUACUUUUUAUUAUUAUUAUGGUUCUCAUACUUGCUGUUAUCGGGAGUGUUGUUAUUUACUCGCGGAUUUCUGCUUAAUCGAGAAGUUCUGCCUCACAUAGCUAAAUGUAAACCAUCCAAUAUGAUAUGUGAUAAUACAAGUCAUAGUAAUGAUAAUUUUCACAGUUCGUUACAACGUAAUCACGAUGAAAAUUUCAUUAGAGAGCAACGGCAGUGCUCACAAGAAGAGCUGUGGACAGAGCAAAAUGACUCGAGUGAGGAACACUUGGCAUGUGGGUUAAGUAGGAUGAAAGUUGUGUUGAUUGUUAUUGAUGCACUGAAGUUUGAUUUUGUCUAUUUUGAUGGAAAACUUAAAGAUCAGGAACUCCUUCCACAUCAAAAUAAAUUAACAGUGAUCAACGAUUUGCUAACAAAAGAACCAAAUCAUACUAGACUGUUUAAAUUUAUUGCUGAUCCACCUACUACCACAAUGCAGAGGCUGAAGGGCCUCACAACAGGAAGUUUACCCACGUUUAUAGAUGUCGGGUCAAAUUUUGCUACACCAGAAAUAAAUGAAGACAAUCUACUUGAUCAGAUAAAAACCCAAAAUAAGAAUAUCGUGUUCAUGGGAGAUGACACAUGGUCUGGAUUGUAUCCGAAGAGGUUUAUCAGAGAAUAUUCAUACCCAUCAUUCAACGUAUGGGAUUUAGAUACUGUAGACAGUGGGAUAAUGAACCACCUUCUGUUGGAAAUAGUGAAGAAAGAUUGGAGUCUUUUGGUAGCACAUUUCUUAGGUGUAGACCAUUGUGGACAUAGGUAUGGUCCAUAUCACUCUGAGAUGGCCAGGAAGUUGAAUGAGAUGAAUGAUAUGAUCAGAUCAGUGGUGGAUACAAUUGAUGAUAAUACUAUGUUGUUUGUGAUUGGUGAUCAUGGAAUGACAAACACAGGAGAUCAUGGUGGGGACAGUGAUGCUGAAAUUACAGCAGCCAUGUUUGUGUUCUCUCCAAAGCCCCUUCUCUCAACAGAAAUGCUCCAAAAUUCUGACACAGUGAAUCAAGUGGAUCUGGUUCCCACGCUUGCAACCAUUUUGGGGUUACCCAUUCCAUUUGCAAAUCUGGGUACUGUAAUACUUGAAGCAUUGCCUUCUCUGAGUGAAGGAAAUGAUAUUCUUUCUGACUGGAAAUUUGCUUUGAAAAUGUUAUGGCAUAAUGUUCAGCAAACUACAGAAUAUAUGAAGCAGUACACCAAAAAUACAAACCAGUUUUCACAGGAGAAGCUAAGCCUACUACAGAUGAAGUACACGAUGCUUAAAGAAAAUAUAAAAUCUUUGGUCAGUUUAGAGGAUUUUGUAGAUUUUUCUUGGCAUAUGAAAGGUUAUUUAUCAUUAGUGAGAGAAAUAUGUGAGGAAGUGUGGGUGCAGUUUGAUGCUGCUUUAAUGUGUAAUGGUUUACUGCUAAUGUUUGUAUCAGUCUUCUUCAUUUUCUUGUUAAUUGAUGGCAUCCCUGGUGAUAAGUUUAGGGAAAUAUUUAGUGGGAUAUUUUUAUACAUUGUAUUUGGUGGCCUGAUGGUCACUGCCUUAGGGACAUUGAUUUGUUAUGUAAUAAAUCUUGUUGAUAACAUAGAAAUAUCAGUGUACAUUUCAACUGGAGUAUUGUCCAUGAUUAUGAUGGCAGUUGUCAUCAUUCGCAGUUGGAUAGCUAUCUCAAGUCAUUGGCAAAGUCAGAUCAAGUUAAGUGAUUUGUCAGAUAUCGUUGGGAGGCUUUUACUUCUGCUCAGUUUGUGUGGCCUGUUUUCUAAUAGCUAUAUUGUGGAGGAAGCCCGAGUCCUGUCAUACCUCCUCCUCACAAUGGCAUGGUACUUUGUUCAUCAUUUCAAACCCUUAAAGCCAGAGCCUGUGGGAAGAGUCAAGUCUUUUGAGAAACAAGCAGUGUCAUGGUAUAAUAAAUCUAUACUGACAACACUCAAGUUCAAGUUAUAUAUGUUUGUUGCCAUGUUGAGUGUGCUUAUCAGGUUGUCGCAGUAUUACUGGCUGUGCCGAGAAGAACAGAUAGGUUGUGAAGCCCUCGCAUUGCGCAAAGGACAUUCAUUUGCUAAUUUUUUGACUGUGAGAUAUUGUAAUACACAUUGCUUCUUCACACUUAUUUCCCUCGCACUUUUUAUCACUGUAGCCCGUAUAUGGUUGCGAAGCUGUGGCAACCUUGUCGGCUUCUCGCUCUCUGUGACUUUAGCUCGUUAUGGCCCUACCAUUGUUGUUGUCUGUACAGGUGGAUUCUGGGUGUUACAGAGUUUACCGAAGGACACAAAAUCUAAGCUGUUCUUACCGUGGCAGAUUCAAUUCUUGCCCUGGAUUAUUUAUACUGUUGUAUUUGUUGCCUUUGUGACUACAUUUGUUCAACCGUUAAGCAUCUUUGUGGUGCCCAAGAAGAAGGAGAGUAUAACAGUCCCAGUGUAUGGACAAACAAAUGUUAUCCCUCACCUCUUCACUCAGGUGAAAGAGCUAAUGAGAGGACAAAGCAAAUCAGGUGUCAUUGCAGGUGAUGUUAAUGUAAGGAAGGAACUCCCUGUUGUGUAUGGUUUAGCAACAGCAUACAGUUCUGUCUUUGUAAACAUUGCUGUGUUUGUAUGUUUGUUGGUUGCUCUGCUCCUGGGAGAUGCCCUGGCUCCAUCUGUGGUACUUAUGUGUACUACUGCCACAGUGCUCUUGACGAUCCUUUCAGCAGUACAAUACGAGAAGGCAUUGCAUUCAGAUCAGCUAUUCAGUGUGCCCUGGUCAUCGGUUGUUUGCUGGGGAUUUCUGGCCAUGUGUUUCUUUUAUGGCACUGGUCAUACUGCGACAUUCCCUGGUAUCCAGUGGGAGGCUGCAUUUGUGGGGACUGGUGGUCAGUUUUCAAAUCACAUUGUGCCUGCUCUCCUGAUCUGCAUCAACACAUUUGCCUCGCACGUCGUGAUGAGUUUGAUGCUACCUGUGUUACUUGUGGCACCAUUCACCCUACAUGUCAUGUUCCCUAAGAUCCUGCCAUCUGCUGCUAAGGAUGGCGUUAAGAGCAAGGACAUAAAACAAGGGGAACUUGUUCUGUACAAGAAAUAUGACUUGUUGUAUGAAGGGGCAUUCAUCCUGUGUGCCAGAUAUAUAUUGUUUUUUGGAAUUAGGAUGUUUACAUGCAUGCUUGCUGCAACUAUUCACUGCCGACAUCUCAUGGUGUGGAAGAUCUUUGCUCCAAAAUUAAUCUUCGAGGGCCUGGGUUUGUUUGUGGUACUUAUUUGUGUUCUGUUGAGUUAUUUGCUUGUGAUUCGAGUCACAACUCAGGUAGAGAGGUUGUUGCUGCGACUGGAACAGGAAAACCGGUGACACCACUGCAGUAGACCACAUGUUAAUGUGAAAAAGAAGUGUUUAAACCAACUGAUGAAUCAGUGACUCUUGAAUGAAUUAUUACAUUUAAGCAAUAUAAUGCUUGAAUAUGUGCAGGGAAGACCCCUAUACUACAGGAAUGAUUUUUUCAUUACCUGUAAAACUAUCUCUUCACUGUACCACAACCUGUUUUAAACAGACGCAGAGUCUGAUUUGUUCCCGUUUCUUACCGUUUCCACCCCCCACCCCCCCAUCAUUAUGAAAAGUAUGUGGAAAUCAAGUUUCUGUGGCCGCUGACACGGUACAUUGGGCCUCUCAGUAGGUGAUGCACAGACUGGAUGAAAAGCUCUUUAUUGGCAUGAAUCCAAAAUAUUUAACACGUUUUUACUGACACUUCCUUCUAAAUUCACAAGAAAACAGAUUUUAACAACCCACCUUACUUUUCAUAGUCACUGCCAAGAGAACAACAGAUCCAAAAUAUCUCACAUUGUCUUUUUCUGAGGUACAUUUCAUUUACAUGACAUCUGGGGGCUGGCCUUGCUCCUGGCUGCAUGCUGUAGGUGUUCAUUUAUUACACUGUAAUUAACAGCGUCUGAGAGAUUAAAUCAGACUUGACUGAAUUGCUGGCAGAUUUUCACUGCUUUCAAGUAAAAAAGAUACAAAUUAGGUUAUGUAAUGUAUGUUCUGUGGUUGAAAAGUAAACCCUUCCUCCCCUCUCCCCCCUGCCAGUAAAAGAAACUAUCUGUGAAGAGUUCAGUUCUCUUGGGUUACAAUGCCAUGAAAUCUGUUGAAAGUCAACAAACAUCUUGGAGGUGACAUUCCUCUGAAAUAUUAGUUGACUUUCAGCAGACUGUACAGCAUUACAAGUAUAUUGAUUCAUGUAUUCACUAGUUGGAGCUUCACUCCCCAGCCAUUUUACAUCCAUUACCCCAUAUUUCCUCAUGGCUUAGUGUUUAAUUAAACACAGGGACAACUUUUGCGCAAUGUUAUACCCCAGAAGAUAGAACACUUGAUAAUCAGUCCUGUGAGAAUGUCAUAUAUGAUUUUCUCUUUAAGAUUGUAAAGAAGAUAAAUGUUUUUGUUCCAAGAGAUUAAUUUCAAUACUAGUCCAUUUUAGGUAUUAAUUUUUAAUUUAUUUAUUGUAAGUUAGAAAGAAUCAUGUGAUUCUCAUGCAGGCUUUGAACAGAAAUUGUUACUGUGACUGUUAUGAGACUGUCAGAACUGUAAAGGAGCCAUGCCUCGGAACUAACUCUUUUGAACAAGUUGUUGUUGUUGUUGUUAUUGUUGUUGUUAUUGGAGAGGGUGGGUUUCCCCAUGCACUUAGACCAGAUAUUGGU